GAGGGCGGAGGAGAAAUUUGGUGGAACGCGUCGCUCUUAGCGGCGCUGCUUACUAGCAAGGAGUGAGCUAAACUGUGGUGUAGCAAAACAGAGCAAUGCUGUAACAGGCAAAGACGCGCCAAGGAACGCGCCCUGCCCACCCUCAUGAGCCCACGCUUGCUUUUAUUCGCUGACAUUUGACGAUUAAUUGGAAUAGAGUAGUACUUGAGGGUCAAAGCCAGAGUGGGGGACAUGGUCCUGGUGGUGGCAAGAAGGAUGACAAGGAUAAGAAGAAGAAAUAUGAACCUCCAGUUCCAACCAGAGUGGGGAAAAAGAAGAAGAAGACAAAGGGACCAGAUGCUGCCAGCAAACUCCCCCUGGUGACUCCUCACACACAGUGCAGACUCAAAUUGUUGAAAUUGGAGAGGAUUAAAGAUUACCUCUUAAUGGAGGAAGAAUUUAUCAGAAAUCAAGAACAGAUGAAGCCUUUGGAAGAAAAACAAGAGGAAGAAAGAUCAAAGGUGGAUGAUCUGAGGGGAACACCGAUGUCCGUGGGUACCUUGGAGGAGAUCAUUGAUGACAACCAUGCUAUCGUGUCCACAUCAGUAGGGUCGGAACACUACGUCAGCAUUCUGUCUUUUGUGGACAAGGACCUGCUAGAGCCAGGCUGCUCCGUUUUGCUAAAUCAUAAGGUUCAUGCUGUGAUAGGAGUCCUGAUGGAUGACACGGACCCUUUAGUUACUGUGAUGAAAGUGGAGAAAGCUCCUCAGGAAACAUAUGCUGACAUUGGUGGCCUUGACAACCAGAUUCAAGAAAUCAAGGAGUCUGUGGAGCUUCCUCUCACCCAUCCUGAAUAUUAUGAAGAGAUGGGUAUAAAGCCACCCAAAGGAGUCAUUCUGUAUGGCCCCCCUGGCACAGGUAAAACUUUACUAGCCAAAGCCGUGGCAAACCAAACGUCAGCAACCUUCCUGAGAGUGGUCGGUUCAGAACUUAUACAGAAAUACUUGGGUGACGGUCCAAAGCUCGUGCGCGAACUGUUCCGUGUGGCUGAAGAGCAUGCUCCGUCGAUCGUCUUCAUUGACGAAAUCGAUGCCAUUGGCACAAAGAGGUAUGACUCAAAUUCAGGUGGUGAGAGAGAGAUCCAGCGUACAAUGCUGGAGCUGCUGAACCAGCUGGAUGGGUUUGACUCCCGGGGGGAUGUUAAAGUUAUCAUGGCUACCAACAGAAUAGAAACACUGGACCCGGCUUUAAUUAGGCCAGGACGUAUCGAUAGGAAAAUAGAGUUCCCUCUACCUGAUGAAAAAACCAAGAAACGAAUCUUUCAGAUUCACACAAGUAGGAUGACCCUGGCGGAUGAUGUGACUUUGGAUGAGCUGAUUAUGGCAAAAGAUGAUCUCAGUGGUGCAGACAUUAAGGCGAUUUGUACAGAAGCUGGGCUGAUGGCUUUGAGGGAAAGGCGAAUGAAAGUAACAAAUGAAGACUUCAAAAAGUCGAAAGAGAACGUUCUCUAUAAGAAGCAGGAGGGAACUCCUGAGGGACUGUAUCUUUAAGUCAUCUGUGUCUUUGGGGACUAUCGGGAAUUACUUUCUGACACUCUUGUGUAAAACUGCACAGUCUAGCUAAUUUUCAUUCUUGAAAGGGUUAAAUCCUGGUAGGUUGUGGUUUUUCCGUCAGUGUAACACUUCCCCUUUCCCAAUAAAACAUUUAUUUGAAUUGAAA